AUGUUCUUCAUGAAGAUCAGCUCUGUUUCUGCAGGUUGGUUACAAGCUCAUGCGACCUUCUAUGGCGAAAGUGAUGGUACUGGUACAAUGGGUGGAGCUUGUGGUUAUGGAAACCUAUACACGGACGGUUACAAGACAAACACUGCAGCAUUAAGUACGGCACUGUUCAACGACGGCAAGUCUUGCGGUGGAUGUUACCAGAUUGUCUGCGACGCGACCAAAGUGCCACAAUGGUGUCUUAAAGGCAAAUCAAUCACAAUCACUGCCACAAACUUUUGUCCACCAAACUUUGCUCAGGCAAGCGACAAUGGAGGAUGGUGCAACCCACCAAGACCUCACUUCGACAUGGCUCAGCCUGCUUUUCUCACCAUCGCUAAGUACAAAGCUGGAAUCGUCCCCAUCCUCUACAAAAGGGUUGGAUGCAGGAGAAGCGGAGGGAUGAGAUUUACAAUGAACGGUAGAAACUAUUUCGAGCUUGUUCUCAUCUCAAACGUAGGAGGAGCUGGUGAGAUCUCUAAAGUUUGGAUCAAAGGCUCAAAAAGCAACAAAUGGGAGACAAUGUCAAGAAACUGGGGAGCUAAUUGGCAGAGCAACACUUACCUUAAUGGCCAAUCUCUCUCUUUCAAAGUUCAGCUCAGUAAUGGAGCAAUCAAAGCAGCUCUCAACGUUGUUCCUUCGAAUUGGGGGUUUGGUCAGAGCUUCAAGAGCAACAUCAACUUCUGA